AUGCAGGUCAAAAAGCUUGAACAUGGCUUGGAGCGGAUUUCAGGCGGUAUCGCGCCGCAUCAGUGCGGUCAAAAACCUCAAGUUGAACGCAGCAUUCUGGACUUUCUCAACUCCAGCAACGCGAACAGUAAAAACGUCAAGCGAUUAAUAAGGCUGUUUAAAAACCAGCGUGGUUAUAGCCCAUCGGAACGGCAGCAUCGCAUACCAGCUGUCAUUGACGAGACUGAUUUACAAGCAGCACUGGAUGCCUCCGGAUUAAGUCGUGAAUCGCUUCUGUCAUGCGGCAGUCGGCCCCCCAGGCUAGAGUUCCCGUCCGGAUUUCGCAUGCAAUGUUUGCGUGGGCGUGACAGGAUUCAAGCUUCCGAAGAGGUUUCUCGGUCGCCAGAUCCGCAUUGGGCCGUCGACCUCUACAUCUCAGAUAUCAGCGACGAAGCGAAGAGAGAUCUGAUGGAAGAAUACUCGAACGAGAAAAAACCAGGCGAUGGCAUUUUUUCCCUUAGGAUACGAGAAUACCAGGGUAUUUUUGGAGAGCAAAACGAAUACCUCGAACAAGAGUGGUGGGCACGACUCGGUGCAAUUACAGACUCGGAGAAUAGGAAAAAUCAACUCGAGAAGCUCUUCGGACAUCGUCACUUUGCUCCGGCAUUUGACGCAUUGCGCCAUCUUCCAGCUCUGUACUGCGGGCUGCGGCUAGCCGUCAUCAGUAAAAUGAUUGCCAUGAGAUGUCACGACCCCCUUGCCUUGCCUCCUGCUGCCCACAUACGAGGGCGAAGACGGUAUCCGAAACGUUGCGGCACAACGCAGCAGAGAUUUACAGACAUGAAAAACAGCGAAGGCACAAAAGACGGCGAAACGGCCCAGACCACGAAUGACGAUGCGGAGGCGAUUGCCAGACACCUUGCCGACACACGGGACGGGACUCUUGCCCUGGGAACGCAGGAGAUGAAGCAACUACGGCGUGAGUGGAACGCAGCACGAGCCAGGGCAGACAGAGAGACGCACGGUUAG